UGUGCAACGUCGUCGUACGCGCCGGUUGACUGUUAAAUUUCGCGGGAGAUAUCUAUGCUAUGCUCUUUGGAAAGCCCAAACUCUUUUCUCUCAACAAAUAAACGUGCAUUUCAACAAAAUCGCAUUUUUGUCACGAAUAAAAGGCCAAUAAAGGCAGCCAUGUUCUCUGAGGUAAGCGCCCCUCGGGAGGGAUCGAGUUCUCUUCUGUUGUGUCGUCCUGGCUCUGAGGACCCGGAGCCCUCUGUGUUUGACAGGGUCCAGCCGGCUUACUCACCAUGCGCUGAGCGCUUCAAGCUGGGGGAGCGCAGCUUCAACCGCCAGUAUGCACACAUUUACGCCACACGACUCAUGCAGAUGAGCCCCCUGCUCACGGAGAGGGCCCAGCAGAAAUGGGGUGCAGAUGUACGGGUCAGGAAGCUGUGUGAUCUGCAGAUGGGUGAGCAGUGUUGCAUUGUGGGAACCCUGUUCAAGCACAUGGAGCUGCAGCCAUCCAUUCUGAAGGAGAUCAGUGAGGAACACAACCUGCUGCCCCAGCCUCCACGCACCAAGUACAUCAGCGAAUCAGAUGAGUUGAUACUGGAGGACGAGCUGCAGAGGAUCAAACUAGAGGGCAAUAUUGACGUGGAGAAGUUUGUCACAGGUAGUGUUAUUGCUAUUUACGGUGCAGAGAAGAAUGAUGGGAAAUUCACAGUGGAGGAUUUCUGUACUGCUGACCUCCCCCCGCAGACCCCCAGAACCACCCUCAGCUCAGACAGGUUUGUGCUCCUGUUGUCAGGUUUGGGUCUGGGCGGUAGUCAUGCAGACAGUAUGCUGGCUUUACAGCUGCUUGUUGACAUGGUAACGGGUCAACUAGGUGACCAGGGGGAGCAGAGUGGUGCGGCGACCAUCUCCAGGGUCCUACUGGCCGGGAACCUUCUGAGCCAAAGCACACAGGACAAGGACGCAUCCACCAAGGCUAAGUACUUGACUAAGAAAACCCAGGCAGGCACUGUGGAUGCCAUGCGUCUGCUAGAUGAGAUGCUGAUGCAGCUGGUGGCAUCAGUCCCAGUGGAUGUGAUGCCGGGCCAGUAUGAUCCUACUAACUACACCCUGCCCCAGCAGCCCCUACACCACUGUAUGUUCCCCCUCUCCUCCACCUACCCCACCCUGCAGCUGGUCUCCAACCCACACCAGGCCACCCUGGACGGGGUGAGGAUCCUGGGGACAUCGGGUCAGAAUGUAAAAGACAUCCAGAAGUACAGCAGCAUGGACAGUCACCUGGAGAUACUGGAGAACACACUGAGGCUUAGACACCUUGCCCCUACUGCACCUGACACACUGGGUUGUUAUCCGUUCUACCUGAAGGACCCUUUCAUCCUGGAGGAAUGUCCUCAUGUCUACUUCAGUGGCAACGCCCCCUCCUACCAGGCCAAACGCAUCACAGGUGCUGAUGGUCAGGAGGUCCUCCUGGUGGCUAUCCCAGAGUUCAGCAGCACUCAGACAGCCUGCCUAGUCAACCUCCGGACUCUGGAGUGUGAGCCAAUCCGCUUCUCUUCCUUCUCCGCUGGUGACGACGAGGAGAGUGAGAUGAACAUCAGCCACUGAAGGAGCAACUUACACAUACACUCCGUCCUCAGCCCAUUCUCCUGGUCCUCAAAUGGAAUCAGGUUGUACACUAUCAAAACGUUUGUAAAGAGUCUGCUGAAGUCUCUCGUUGGUUUCUCUUGAUCUGCAAAGAGAUAAUUCAUGUCACAAAUAUAUAGUGAAUAUGAUGCUGAGCAGUCAUCCCAGUACUGUUUGUGUAGAAAGAAAGCUGUUGCUAAUGAUAGGUAUGUGUGGCGUGAAAAUGAUUGUUAUGAAACUUACUGUCUAAAGAAGUGC